AUUGCUGUUAUUCUCGCAGGAUCCAAUGCAGGAAGUGAGUGCCGAUCCAAGGGUGCCAGAACCCGAUCAAGGAAACCUUGGCCUCAAGACAAGCCACCAACACAAUGUGGUUCUUGAGCAGUUUGCCCAAAAUAUGACUGAGAACAUUAUGCAGUCUUGUCUAAGCCAGAUGGAAAUGGUGGAGCCUGAAGUGGAGUCCAGAUUCAAACAAAAUGAGGAGAUGUUAGCCGAAGAGUUAGCGUCAUCUGUGGUUGAGGAAGCUCUGAGGGAAGUCAGUCGAGGUCAGAGUAUAUUUCAGAGACCAGUUAGUUUAGAAAUAGAGGAUGGACAGGCCAAAGGUUUGGACCAAUCUGAGAACGACUUUGAGGAUUUCAACCCAAAGAUGGAUCCAAGCAAUCAGUUCCAGACUUCUGAAGACAUCCAGCCAUGCCGUGCACCCUUGUCUCAGUCAGGGUUCCUAGUUUUGGGAUCCAUCGACUACCCUGAUGCCCCUCCAACGACACCCCUCCUUCCUGAGCUUGAGAGAAGCAGAUACAGUUUUGCCAAGAAGCUCAAAGGAGGUUUGGCAAAGGUUUUUAUGCCAUCACCUCCUCCACCAACCCCGAAGGAGGAAGGAGACGGCGCCAACAAUGACCCUCGAGUGGAGUUAAUGGAACAUCUAAUGCACUCGUUGUCCACGGAUGAGUUGGCAAGGGAGUAUUUGGAAAUUGGGGGUCACCAUGGAGCCAAGGUAGUGGCUUUUGCGGAGGCUCUUUCAUGUGACAUCAUUGAGUCUGUCUUGAAUUUCAAAAACAGAGAUCUGAUGGCUGAAACUAGCGACCUCAAUAAAUUAGCCCACCAACUGGCUGAAACCAUCAUCUCCUCCUCGCUUGAUGAAGCUAAGAUGACUGUCUGAUGACUGAAUGAUUUAAGACGAUCAACUGACCAUAUUCAAAUGGCGGCCAUUUUCCUUCUAUGUCAUGCUCACAGUGAGCAGGUAAGGUCAGAUACUGUUUCAACGGUUCACUCACUGUACUGUGAAAAUCUGGAAGGGCAUAUUUGAAGAAAAACAACAUAUUCAACAAGAUAAAUUAGUAGCCACUUACUGGACAAUAUUACUCUUAUCUAGGGAAAGACGCAAAGCAAUGACUGCGGUUUGGUUGUUUUAAAUGUUACAAUAAGAAGGCUUAAUUAAAAAAUAACCUAGGAAACAAACUAACUAGCUACAAUAAAACUAGCAAUGUUAUUGUUUUCCGAGAUGUGCUUCAAUGCUAGCAUUAGCUGUUAUCUAAAAUGUUUUUUCUCUGAUUUCCCAAAGGAUUUUAAACAUCAGUUUAAAUCAGUUUUCUAAUUUUUCAAGAGUUGUUAAAACUUCAGCAGCCUAUUGGGAGGGGGAUGGGAUUGUGUAUAUAGCUGAUGACUAGCAGACACACAUACACUCAAGAAUGAAAAACACUGUUAUCCACCCACAUGUUGCCUCCAGGCUGUCUGCCUGACAUUUCUAUUGAAGUGUGAUUUACAGUAAUAAUAACGCUGUAAACUCUGAAGCUGAUUUGGUUUACUGAAUUUAUUUCUCAACAAAGUUCACUUUAAGCUCAUCCAGUUCAAGAGUUUGGUUGUGAAAUAUAAACUAUUUAUUGUAAAAACUCAGCAGCGAUCCAACAAAAAGACGAUUUACUCACAAUAGAAACAAUCUCUGGCAUAUUUAAUGACGCAUAUAUCCUUGUAGCUGUAUAUAUUCUGUAUUAAAUAACGGACCUGAGGUCAGAUUUUGAGUCCAGGUUGGAAUAAAAUGUACAUUGGCAGGGGACCAAUGCAUUUUUUGCUUGGGAUUAAACUGCAGUAUCCGUAAAUGUCCUGUAGAUGGUGACACAGGAGUAAUGAGAGUGCUUUCAGCAUGCGGUCAGUGAAGUGAUCAUGAGUGCUUCUUUGACAAUAACUUUACUCAAUUUGAUUAAAUAUUUAAAUGUGGAAAUAACAUUUUGGGGAAUAAAUACACAUGCAUAUUAUUUUUUUGCUUUAUUGUUGAAAACAUCUUUUUUUCCUAUUUAAGACCCUUUACAUAUUUCUUGAGAUUUCUUUGAUGAGUAAAGCUUUGACCAAUGUUUACAUUUUCACUGUAGACAUUUGAUGGAUUUGCAUCCCACCACCAAUAAGUGAUGGUCUGACUAACUUAUAUAACUGAGUGUGAUGCUGGGAAGGUACUUGGUUAUUUCUCCUUGUCAUCAGCCUGAAAAUCUUAAUGGAUUCAGGGUGAUUCAUUCAUUUCCUUUUAUGAACUCAAGAUUGCCAUGGUGGUAAGAUUUUGGCCAGAAAGAAGAGGGAACCAUGGUGCUAAACCAAACAAGGAUGUGAUUAUGCAGCACAAACAAAUUGUGUUUUAUAUUCCUCUCCGCUUCAAUAUAACCGUCAGAGGAUGACAACUUAUCUAUUAGACCAGUUAAGUGAACAAAUAAAGCAGGAUUGAAUUGAGACUUUUCUUGUCCUCGCCAAGGUCUCCUGUGUUUUUGCACGUGUGCAAGAACAGAUCUACAAUCAAUACAAAACACCUCUCUCACGCAACACAGAUGGAGUGAUUUGGAGGAAUAACAAAAACUCUAUUUUAUCUUUGACAACUCAAUCCUGUUGUAAGCCAACAAGGAAUUUCAGGACAACAGAAUAGCAUCAAGAGAAUAAAGGAUGCAUUCCAUUUAGUGCACUCAGAAAGAACAGACCUCCACCAACGAUUCCUUAAGAAGAUGCAUAUAUGCAACAACAGCCACUAUAUUUAUGUCUGGAUAAAUUCCAAAUCUAUAACAAAAUCUCAGCUUUGCAUUUUAUUACUGUUUGUGCCUCUAAACUUGAAAUUUUUCACAUACUUUACACACUUUUGUAAGAAAGAGAAAACUGUUCUUUAUAUUGUAUUUCUUAUCAAAAACACUUGUAACAAAUGCUCGAUGUUUGCCAGGAAGAAAUUCUUACUGAUCUGCUGUAAAUUACACUUUCCUGAGCUGGAUCACCAUCCACCUCCAAGAUUGAUUGGGCUCUUUUAUGGCACAUGCUACAUGAUUUUACCAAGUGUAAUGCAAAUUGCACAUAUAGUUUUUUUUUAAAAACUGCUGACAAACAGACUCAGGAACAGCACUAAAAACGCCACCUCCAUUGCAGCUCUAGGGACGACAAUGAUAACACCCCUAAAUUUCAUUUAGCACCAUCGUCAGGUAGCAAUUGUAAUGAAGGGGCGCCAGUGGCCAAGUGGUUAGGGCCCUGAUUUUCGACUCUAGAGACGUUUCUGCAUUUUACUUUUUUCUCUUUUCCCACCGAUCCAGGUGUUUAUUUCUUUACCUAUGUCGAGGUUGCUGGUUUUUUAUUAUUUUAGUUUAGGCUGGAGAUCACUGGCAGUCCAGUUCGGUCUUUUAUUUUCUCUUAGGCGAGUAAGAGCUUGGCUCAGCACCUUCCCAUCUUUUGUUCUUUUUGGCCAAGGUCUCCAGUCCCUUUUGUUUUCUUUGGUUUAUUCUUUAUCUCCUGAGUAUUUUUUGGGAAGAUUUCUGUUAAAUAAAGCUCUGGCUUUAAUCUUUAA